UAAUGUAUACUUGCUUUAGUUUAAUUUUAAGUUGCAAGACAAAAUGCUAGUCAACAACAACUCUUUAAACAUACACUCUUCUAUAUAAAUCCCCAAAAACUAAUAUAAAUCCUUCAUCUCAUAAAUCAAUAUCGUUACAAUUAUUAUUAUGAGGACUAACCUUAAAUCAUCAAUCAUUUUAGCCCUAUGGGCAACUUUUUCCCUCUUACUAUCCUUCCCAACUCCUUCACUUCAACAACCACAAGUCACUCCAUCAACCGGAGUAAGACUUCAAAAUGCCUAUGUAGCCCUUCAAGCAUGGAAAAAGGCGAUAAACUCGGACCCUAACGGGUUCACCUCGAAUUGGAAUGGUUACGACGUGUGUAGCUACAAGGGGGUCUAUUGUGCAAAUGCACCCGAUGACUCUUACGUUAUGACGGUUGCAGGGAUUGAUCUUAACCAUGGCAACAUCUCCGGUUCCUUACCGGAGGAACUCGAUCUCUUAACCGAUCUUGCCCUACUCCACCUUAACUCUAACCGCUUCUUUGGGACUAUCCCUUCUUCUUUUUCACACCUUAAACUCUUACAUGAGAUUGACUUGAGCAACAACUUGUUUUGUGGUGAGUUCCCUAAGGCUCUUCUAUGUCUUUCAUCACUCAAAUUCCUCGAUAUUCGAUACAAUCACUUCGAAGGCUCUAUCCCCUCCGCCGUGUUUGACCUAAAACUCGACGCUCUUUUCUUAAACAACAACAAUUUCACCUCAACCCUCCCUACAAACCUAGCAAACUCCCCUGUAUCCGUGUUUGUCGUGGCUAAUAAUAACCUCAACGGGUGUUUUCCUGCCGAAAUCACCAAAAUGGGAGCAACUCUACAAGAGAUCAUUCUCAUGAAUGCGGGGCUAAAGGGAUGUCUACCAUCAAGUAUAGGGGAGUUGAACAAAGCAACGGUAUUCGACGUAAGCUACAACGAGCUAACGGGCACCUUGCCCGAAAGCAUGGGAAAAAUGGAGAGCUUAGAGCAACUUAAUGUUGCACAUAACAAGUUUUAUGGGAAGAUACCUUACAGUAUUUGUAGUUUGCCUAAGUUGGAGAACUUCACUUAUUCAUACAAUUAUUUUUGUGGAGAACCUUUACAAUGUAUGAGGUUACAAGAUAGGGAUGAUAAGUAUAAUUGUCCACCUUUAAGGCCAUACCAAAGGUCUCCUGAAGAAUGUACACCCUUCCUAGCCUACCCUCCUAAUUGUAGCUCCUUUGGUUGUCAAGGAAGUCUGUCGCCACCACCGCCGCCACCUCCUCCUCCGCCGCCAUCACCGCCACCGCCGUCGACAUAUAAUCCACAUGAGCAAGUACCAUAUAAUCAUAUUCCUUGAAUAGUUCAAUUAUUUGUUGUGUACAAGUUAGUUUAAUUAAUUAAUUUGUGUUGUCCAGCUACAUAUUUGAGAUUGUUACGUUGGUGGGAAAAGUGGGGUUGAAUAUUUGAGCCAAUUGCUUUGGAUAAUUUUGACCAAGAAAAGUAAAAGAGUGGUGGAAAAAAAAAACGAAAAAGUCAAUGGUGCUUUAUUUGCAAAUAUAAUGGGUUAUUUAUUUUUUGUUGGUUUCUACGUAGAAAGAUGUAAAUUAUUGUAUAAGGGAAUGUAAAUAAGAGUACCAUCCCCAUCCAUGAUGAUGUAGCCUCAAUAUUUCUCAUGUUCUUGUUUUAUUAUUUUAAUGAGCUUUAAUUUUCUUGUAUUGUA